AACUUUUUUCUUUUUCAUAUACAUCUUUUUUUGUUUGACAACAAAACCACCAGAUACCUAACAAUACAUACUCGAUACACACCCACUUUCCUUCAAACAGUCAAAAUACAGUUAUAAGCUUUUAUUUCAAGAAUUCAUCUAUUUUACUAUGCUCUUUCAUCGUUCCAGCUUCCUCUUUGCUAUUUCGUGUGUCGUGUUCUCAGUUACUAAUGUGAAUGCAUUCCCCGUUCAACAACAACAGCAACAACCAUUAUUAUCCACCACCCCUUCCCACCGUUCAUCAUCAGCGCCUAUUUCAACUGUAGAAACUGCCUUUCUUUUAACAGAAAGUCUAUCCGAAUAUUAUGAAAAUAUCAUCGAUCAAGUGAUGCUUGACGUUUCUGAAGAAGUUUUAUCGACUCUUCCUAGAAUGUUGAGCAGUCAAGACGACGUUGAAGCUCGUCAACUGGCUGAAAAAUCGUUCAACCGCAAUCUUAACUUUAUGCGUGCAAGUUUAUUAGCAUCUAUUAAUCCACUUAUUUCAACUGAUCUCCCUCAAAUUGAUGGCUUCUCAACUUCGAUCAGUGCAAAGGAAGCAAAGAAGCUUGAAGCCACGUUAACGAAAUCCAUUUUGACCUUGAAUAAAAAGAUCAGUCAUCAAUUAGGCUUGAUUGUCAAUGCUGAACGCUCUUCAUCUAUUCUUAUUCGUCAAGCGAUUCUUCACAACAGCAACCACAACAGCAGUCAUAAGAAUAAGGUGGUAACAGUAGAAUGGCAUUUGCGUAAACCUUUCCAAAUCAACAUUAUUCAUGAAGAAGAAGAAGAAGAAGGAGCAUCCGUCGCUACGACCGCCACCCAUGACCACAAGGACAGCGCCAACCUAGUGACAACAACCACCAACGUAGCUACUGAAACUCAAUGGCUUUAUCAGGAAUUGUCUACUGUAGAAACAGAUUUAUUGAAUGAAUUUGAUGAUCGCGUAGAAGAAGCUGUACAGUUGGUGAUGGAAACAUUGGCACUUGAUCUUUAAAACAACAAAAACGAAAAAAAAAAUACCCUAUUUCUCCCCCUUUUUUCUUUGUUUUCUCCCUCCCCACUCCUUCCCCUCCCCUCGCUCACUCAUUUCAUUCUGCUGGUUUUUUUUUUUCUUUUUCUUUUUAAUUGUAUAUUUAUGAAUUAAUAAUAAUCAUCAUCCUCAUCAUUAUCAAAAACCAAUCAUAUUGCUUGUAGACAUGGAUGAAUUGUAGAAAUAGCAUUUCGUUACACUACAGUUUUUGUUGGCCUUUAUUUAUUUUUUUUGGGUAGAAAAAUAAGUGAUACAACCGUGUGUUUGUUGGAAUUUUUUGAGAGUCCAUUUUAUUGGGCAAUGAGAUAUGGAUCCCCUUCUUGUUGUUGUUAUCUAGAUUUAUCCUACGAAUAGCAAGACAUUCCUUGGGAAGGAAAAAAAAAAAAA